UAUUUGUUAUAAAGCUACCUCUUUUAAGUUCCUGGGGUAGCCCUUAGCAAUUUGUGAUCUGAAGUGGUAGAAACUUUCAACUUUAUUAGAAACUUUCAACCUUAUUUUUAUUUCUACCCUCAACUUACAGAUGUUCUGAGUGAACAGGUAUUUUCUUUUAAAUAAUUCCAUUCUUCCCCAUCCAACAUGUCCCUUGUUGAAUGUGGAGGGUGGUUGUUACCAACACCCAAUGGGAAAGCCCAGAUCUGAAGUGACCUAGCCAACAGCUGAAAAAGCACAGUUCCUGUUUCAAAGCUUUUACCAAAAAAAAUCUCCUGUGGCUUGUGAACAUCUCUCAUUUUGGGUCUCCCUGCAUUUGAUGGAACAUCUAUUUGGUUCUUAAAUGUGGUGCCAAGUGUAAUAUUUAAUAAGGCUGGUAGAAUUUUGCAGAUUUUGACCUCAUUGGAAAUCUUGUUCACUUUGGAAAAAAAAAGGAGGGAGAGCAUAUUAAAAUGCAGCAUGAAGCCCAUGACAUUUUUGAGAGUAACGUUUUCAUUCUGAGAUGGUUAUUUUCUGCAGUAGCCACUGGAAUGACCACAGGAAGUUCUCCCCUCACCAAGAGCUUCCUGUUAUUCUGGAUGUCCACCAGGAGGUUAAAAUAAUCAGGGUGGGGAAAAGUUAUGGAUGUUUACGCAAUUCCCAGCUUGCUCCUAGAGCUUUCAACAGUUAUGACCCUCUUGCCUUUCUUCGCCCUAGACCAGAGCUUCUCAGUCAGGGGUGAUUUUCUGCCCCAAGAGACAUUUGGCAAUGUCUGGAGACAUUUUUGGUAGUCACACCUGAGUUGGUGGUGUGCUACUGGCAUCUAGUGGGUAGAGGCCAGGGAUGCUGCUGAAUAUCCCACAAUGCACAGGUCUCCACCCCCACCCCCAGUUAGGAAUUAUUCGCCCAAAAUAUCAAUAAUGCUGAGGUGGAGAAACUCUGGUCUAGACUUUGAGGACUUGGAAAGACGGUGGUGGUUAGGGCAGCCAUUGGCAGUCUUUUAAUGUGGUCCUGCUCUCUUUAGCCUCUGCUUUCAGUUCCUUCUCUGUGGAGGAGAGCGUGAGAGGAAAUGAUCAUCAUAGCUUCCAUUUAUUGAGUGCCAUGUACUAAGUGCUGGGAUUAUUUAAUCUUCACAAUUAGCCCUACUGACUACACACUCCUUGAGAGCAAGGCCCAUCUCUGUUUCUCUCAUUACUGUACACAUUAUGUCUAGUACAGUGCCUGACACAUGGCAGGCCCUCAAUGUUUGGAUAAAUGGAGUAAUUAUACCUGAUAUAGAUGUGAGGAAAAUGAGGCCUGAAGAGUCCACACAACUAGUGUUAAGUAGCAGAGUCAGAAUUUGAACUGAGCCUCAUGUGACUCCAGCACCAAACCACUGAAUUAUAUCCCUCACUUGCAGCACCAGAGAGGUUUUCUAGUCUCUAAAAUCUCGAGGUUUUCUAGCCUUUUCCCCUCCUGAGGGAGGUGAAAGGAGUUUUAAAAAAUAAGAUUAAAAAAAAACACAAAACACUACCUCUCUGUGAAAACUGAGGUGGAAGAAGGGCCUUAUGGGAGUCCUCUCUGGCUCUGAUAGGAUCACCCCUUGUUCCUGAACAGGGAUUUUUGGCUUUUCAAGUAUUUAUUCUGCACAUGGGGCAACCAAGGCACACAAGUUACAGGAGAAAGUAGUAGUAGAUAGAAAACUGGAGCGUGGCACUGCGGAUCAAGCAUGCUUCAGCUCCUAGGCGCCCGCCGGAAGUCAUUGAGAAAAGGGCUCCCCGGGAGUAGACUCACAGUUAGCUCAAAUCCUUCCCUCCGCGAAGCAAAGCCCAGAGAGCUUCUUAGUCUUUGCAUCUGGGAGGUAGAAGUCGAGCGGGACUACAUCUCCCGGCGGCCAUUGCGGAAUUUGGCAAGGCGCAGGCGCAUUGAAGCGGCGUGCGUACUACGACUCCCGGCGUGCAGUGGGCGGGGAGGGACUACAUUUCCCAGGAGGCAGAGGAAGGGGCGGGAGGGGGCGGGCCGCGGCACUGCUCCCGCCCCUCCCCCGUGCUCCCGCGGAGAGGUAAACAAACCCCGCGCUGGCUGUCUGCUGAGGCGCGGGGGCGGCGGAGCGGUGGGGAGCGCGCGGAACCGCGGCGGGGCUGGCCCGCCCGCCGCCGCACAUGUCCCGGGGCGGUGCCGGAUUGUAGCCGCAUGAGGCGCCUCCUGUCGGCCAGGGAAGGGAGCGCGGAGAGGCCCCUGUCGCCGCCCGCGGUGCCCAUGGAGCAGGUGCGGAUGAUCAACGUGCAGCGCCUGCUGGAGGCGGCCGAGUUUUUGGAGCGCCGCGACCGAGAGUGUGAACAUGGCUACGCCUCAGCGUUCCCCUCCAUGCCGAGCCCCCGGCUGCAGCAUUCAAAGCCCCCACGGAGGUUGAGCCGGGCACAGAAACACAGCAGCGGGAGCAGCAACACCAGCACUGCCAACAGGUCUACACACAAUGAGCUGGAAAAGAAUCGACGAGCUCAUCUUCGCCUGUGUUUAGAACGCUUAAAAGUUCUGAUUCCACUAGGACCAGAUUGCACCAGGCACACAACACUUGGUUUGCUCAACAAAGCCAAAGCACACAUCAAGAAACUUGAAGAAGCUGAAAGGAAGAGCCAGCACCAGCUAGAGAAUUUGGAACGAGAACAGAGAUUUUUAAAGCGGCGACUGGAACAGCUGCAGGGUCCUCAAGAGAUGGAACGAAUACGAAUGGACAGCAUUGGAUCAACUAUUUCUUCAGAUCGUUCUGAUUCAGAGCGAGAGGAGAUUGAAGUGGAUGUUGAAAGCACAGAGUUCUCCCAUGGAGAAGUGGACAAUAUCAGUACCACCAGCAUCAGUGACAUUGAUGACCACAGCAGCCUGCAGAGUAUUGGGAGUGACGAGGGUUACUCCAGUGCCAGUGUCAAACUUUCGUUCACUUCCUAGAACCCAGCAUGACAUAACAGUGCAGGGCACAAUAUUCACUGGGCCAGUUCAAUCCAAACAAUCUCUUAAAUUGGGUUCAUGAUGCAGUCUCCUCUUUAAAGCUAAACAAAGCUAUACUUGAAUGGAAGGGUCAAGAGACCUCUAUUUAAGCAAAUACUUAGCAAAAAGUGGAGCAGAGGCUCCUCAACAGAACAAAUAUUCAUAAUAUUCAUAUCUGAAAAUCAGUUUCUAAUGGCAGCAGAAAACGUGUGUGAAAUUUUCUCGAUUUGAUUUAGUUGAUUUGAAAGAGGACAUUGGAGAUUCCAUCCUCUUUUUCUUUUCUAGUUUGCUCAUACUACAUUGAUUGAGUAGACACAUUUAAGGAUGGGAUUAUGAACCCUUCCUGAGCUUUUUGGUCCUAAAAACAAAAACCAAACCUAUAGUAAUGUGACAAGACAAGAUAAUCAGGCAUUAAUCUUGGAUAGCUAAAGAGCUAUUAAAACUCAAGCCUGGGACAGCUUAUCCUGAAGCCUGUGGAUGAUCAAUUCUUUAAAAAAAAAAAAAAAAAAAAAGCUCAUUUCAUGCUCUGCAAAAGGAGAGACUCCCAUGAAGCCUUUUGAAAGGGAUCAUCAUGCAGCUCAGCUUUCUGUUGGAUUCCAUGCUAAGCAAGCUAACCUUAUCCAGCAUUGUUAGCACUAGGGCACCCAACCGCCAGCUCUACAGUCAGCUGCCCUUAGGCCCUUGGGUCUGUGUGCAUGACACGCUCUGCCACACAGGGCCUGAGUUCGGACUGAGGGGCCAGAAGGAAAAAGCUCCAUGUGCCUCUGUGUCUGCGUGGGCCAGAAGAGCUGGGCACACAGAUUAGCAGGCCAAGGUCUGAGCCAUGGCAGAAUUUUUAUUUCAGAUUUUGAUAACUGUUUGUAUGUGUUGAAAACCAAAAUGACAUCUUUUUAAAGCUUGUCCAUAAAAAACAUAGACGUCUUUUAUAGUGAAAAACACAUGGGAAAAAAUCAUCUAUUUUGAUGCAGCAUUUGAUAAUGAUAAAACACCUCACACCUCACUCUUUAUAGUGCACAAAAUGAAUGAGGUCUGGGCUAAGUAGAAAAAAGGUCAAUGCUGUUUUUGUUUUCUUUUAGAAUCAUUACCUUUUACCAUCUUUUAACCAUCUGAUAUCUAUAGUAGACAUACUAUCAUAGUUAACAUAGUUAAGUUCGGCACUUGUCUCAUUUUAAUGUAAAGAUUUGCUUCCGUUUUCCUACAGGCAGUCUCUCUCCUUCCUCACAAUCCCAUUGUGCAGGUGCUAUUGUUGCUCUUGUCAAUAUUUUCAGAAAUGUUAUUUUAAGUGAAAUUCUAGCCUGCACUUUGAUGUCAUGUGUUCCCUUUUUGUCUUUCAAACUCCCAGGUUCUCCCCUGGCCCUCUCCCUUACCCCAGGAAGCCUUGGAGACCUUACCCUGGCUCUUUGGACUUUGUAUACUUUAAAUAAUUUAACUACCCUUAAUUACUUAAAAAAGAAAAAAAAAAAGCUUUAUGAUUUUCAUAACUUAUUGCUGAUUUUAAUGGGUUAAUUUCAGUCCUGUAGUUUUAUUUUGUUUAGAUAGGGCUGGGCAAGGAAAAAGAAAAUAAAGACAACCAUAUUUAGCAGUGCAGUUGAGUUGUGUGUGUAAUGUUAGACCAUCCUUUGUAAGUAGCACUUUUAACAGCUCUCACUGCUUCUAUAUAUGACGUGAACCAUCUUGGUCAUACAUAAGGCCUCAUCAUAUACUUACUUGUUCUUGUGCUCUUCCCGUGCCUCCAAAAAUAUUUUGUCCUUGACUGUGGUAUGUUUGAGUGGAAGAAAUUCUUUGAAGUAGAUGUGUGAAAAACUGCAUGCCUUUAGAAGCCCAUUAUUAGAACUUGCUACUUCAGGUGCUGGGGACUUAAUGAAAAACAUGAUAAAAGAAAUUCAUUUCUGUGGCCCAGGUAAAUUAUUUCUGGUUUCAUUUAUAAUUACUCCUGGCCAGGUCAAAAUGUUGCUCUAUAUGUUUGCUUAUUUUUGACUUUCCCAAGGGAGACAGUUUGAAGACUCUGCUAACUACCAUGGAAAGUAAAUGGAACCCAGUGACAGAGCUUCCAUUUUGUAAUUCCCAUGGCAUUCACUUGCAUCACUUGCCGAGGGCUGGAAUUUGGGACUUCAUUUAGGUGAACUUGAGGUGCUGCAAUUUUGUCGUAUGUGUACAGGAUGGUGGGCUGGGAAGCCUUUGUCACGAACCCAUAGUACCUAUUUCAACUGCCCCCUAAAUUACUCCUUCCCUGAAUUUGUUUUCCUAGGGGGAAGGGGAUGGAUUGUAUGAUGAAUAAGUAUUAAUUUUUUUUAAAGACAAAUGGACUUUGAAGAUACAAAAAGUUAACUGCAAGAAAUAAAAAUUGUGAAUGAAGAA